UACCUAUUUUCCUUACCUACAGUCCAGUGUCCAUUUGUGUUUCCUACCUUCCCUUGUUCAAAGAAGAGAAUACUGCAAUGAGUACAAGUGAAUCACCGGCGCCAUCAUCAUCACCGUCGCCGGUGCGGCGGCGGGAGAGUCCAUGGGGCGUUUCAGAGGGCGAUCACCGCCAACCCAAGCCCCACCGUUGCAACGACCGAGCUGAAGAUGUAAUCCAGGCUUGUUUUGAAGGAAACCCAUUCAAGACUGUUCCAGGCCCUUUCAAGCUUUUCUAUCGAUGCAUGCGGUCAAAACCUGGGGAGGAGCCAACAGAGCCUUUCUACUACUUGGAGCUAGAACCACCAAGGAGAGAAGUACAACUUGAGUGAAAUUUCAGUAAAUUUCUCAAAAAGGGGCAUUAUUUUGGGUUUUCCCUGAUAUCUGAACUCGGAGUGUUAUGAAUGGUGACCAUAUAUGCAUCAUACACUAGGAUUGCUCUCCUUGUUAUAAAUGAAGAAAUACCACUUCAUAUCAUUUCCUUUUUGUUUGUUCUUUGAAAUUUUGUUUUGGGUUACCUUGUUAAUCUACACAACUUGCCUUGUGAUCACUCGUUAAUAAUAUCAUGUACAUAGAUUCAUUCUGUUGCUAGCA